GCAUUUCGACAACAAAAAAAAAAUCCAAAACAAUACGAAAAAAUAAUAAUUUUUUUCUUUACUUCACAUAUUCCAGUCGAUCAUGAUUAACGGUUGUGGCAAGUUGUAAAGCUACAAUUUUUCGUGUAUUUUUAAUUUUCGCAGUUCAGUUCUGUUUUGUUUUUUUUUGCCUCUGCAGAAAGUUAUAAAAUUAUUGUUUACACUGGUUUACACGUUUUUAAGUGCAAUUUUUAAAUGUGAAGUAGCAUGUAGCAAUUUAUUUGCAUGUAGUUCAUAUGAUAUUGUAUUUUUCGGAAGUGCGAAUUACACUGGAAUAUUAAUAAAUGAUUAAAAUUAUCAUUAGAGCAUUGCGAAUCAACAGAUCGUCUGCUGAUAGUGAAAAAUAAACGAGUUUAACAAAAAAAAAGUCCACACAAAUACAGCGUUAUAGAACCAACUAGCAACUUGCCAACAUUUGCAAACAUUUCCUUCUCUCUAUUACUGAACAUUUGAAGGUUACAUAAGAGACAUUAAUCGACAAAGAAAGUAUUUAUUUCGCGCAAUUUAUUCAUUUAUUAUUGGCGAGCCCACCAAAAGAGAAGUCGACUUGAGAUUGCGAAUCAAAAAAGCGAGCAAAGAGAAAAUUUAUUAACAGUUAAGACUGACAACAAAAAAGCUCAAAAAUGGAUGCACGAUUCAUUAAUAUUUUGAUACUUGGCUUCGGCUUCAUGUUUUUAUUUACCGCAUUCCAAACGAUGGGAAAUAUAGAGAAAACCGUUCUUGAUAGUAUAACUGCCGAUGACCCAAAUUUCACUGGCGAUGGAUACAUCAGUCUUGCGAUAAUUUAUGCCGUAUUUGCAAUAUGCAAUUGGAUAGCACCACCAGUCAUUUCACUUACCGGACCGAGGUGUGCCAUGUUGAUUGGCGCAGUGGCUUAUUGUGGAUUCAUGGUAUCAUUCCUAUGGCCUCAAACAUGGCUACUCUAUACGGCUAGCGCUUUUCUUGGUGUGGGUGCAGCUAUCAUUUGGACAGCACAAGGCGCAUUCUUAUCACGUUGUAGUGAUGAGACAACAAUAUCGAGAAAUUCAGGCAUUUUUUGGGCGAUGCUUCAAAUGAGCAUGUUCUUCGGAAAUUUAUUUGUGUACUUCCAAUUCCAAGGAAAAAGUCACAUCGAUGAAGCGACACGGACUCUCGUAUUUUCAGUAUUGAUUGGUGUCGGUAUUUUAGGUUUCAUUUUCUUAACAGCAUUACGUCCCGUACAUGAUAUGAGCGUACGACAUGCCAGCGAUAUUGAAACAGAUGAUGAAUUAGAAACAACGUCAAGCACCGUUGUUGUUGCCUUCAAAAAUUCAGUAAAUUUAUUUUUCACAAAGGAAAUGCUCCUGUUGGGCUUAACAUUCUUUUACACGGGUCUUGAGCUCUCAUUUUUCAGUGGAGUUUACUCACCAAGUAUCGGAUUUACAAUACAAAUUGGUGAAUCGGCCAAACAACUUGUCGGAUUAUCAGGCAUUUGCAUUGGAAUGGGUGAAGUGUUUGGUGGUAUUGCAUUUGGAUUGCUCGGUGCACGAACAUCAACAAAAAUAGGACGUGAUCCAAUCGUCAUUUUGGGUUUCAUUAUUCAUAUUAUCGCGUUCUUUUUAAUCUUUUUGAAUCUACCGAAUGCCGCAAAUUUGGGUGAUACGAAGGAUAUUGCUUAUUUGGAUCCACCGCUUGCGUCUGUUGCUUUGCUAUGCUCAUUCCUGCUUGGCUUCGGAGAUUCAUGUUACAACACUCAAAUAUAUUCAUUGCUCGGUGGUGUUUUUGCCAAAAAGUCAACUGAAGCAUUUUCAAUUUUCAAAUUCGUACAAUCCGUUGCUGCCGCUUUAAGUUUCGUCUACUCAACGCACAUCGGAUUGAGAACGCAAAUGGCAAUUCUAGUGGUAUUUGGAACAAUCGGAACAAUUGCAUUUUAUACAGUCGAAUGGUCUCAAAGGAGGAAGGAAAGUGCUGAAAAGGAGAUGAUAAAGUCUUCAGAUGACCAUAUGAUGGCAUCAUAGAUUUAUGUGAUUAAUAUUUUUUUUAUAAAAAGAAGCAUUUAAAUUUUUUAAAUAAAAAGGUUGAAUUUUUUUCAUAUUUUAUUAAUAAAAAUUCAUUUAAUAUUUUUUUUCAUAUUUA